CGUCGCCCCCGUCUUCGAGUGGACACCCCCUGUAAGAUCGCGUUUUAUUUCUUUCUUUCGUCUCGUAGCCUCCUUCUUCUCUUUCUCUCCCUGUCUCUUUGUUUUUUCUCUCUUUUCUCCCUUUGUCCUUUUUGUGUGAUCCUACUCGGUCUCCACGUCUACCUGGAACCACUCUACCUGGGUCUACGCGCUGUCUCCGAAUCUGGAUGCUAGACAAAGAGUCUUUUUCUCUUGAGGCGAGUGGCGAGUGCAAAGGACGCGCGCUUCUCUACGCAAAAGUGGCAAGAGUGAAGUUUCCGGUCAGUGUGUGUCAGUGUCGAAUAACGCAACGAGACCCGCGACCGGCGGUAUGGAUGUUACCAGCGGAAUGAGGCCCAUCUUCGGUGGAUAUCCGUUCCAAGGACAAGGUCGAAUGAAUCAGCUGGGAGGGGUCUUCAUCAACGGGCGACCUCUCCCAAAUCAUAUCCGCCUAAAAAUCGUAGAAAUGGCCGCCGCUGGAGUUCGUCCUUGCGUCAUCUCCAGACAACUCCGCGUCUCACACGGUUGUGUCUCCAAGAUCCUGAAUCGGUAUCAAGAAACUGGAUCCAUUCGUCCGGGAGUGAUCGGUGGUAGCAAACCGCGAGUGGCCACACCGGAAGUCGAGGCGAGGAUCGAGGAAUUGAAGAGAGACAAUCCAGGAAUAUUCUCCUGGGAAAUAAGAGACAAACUUAUGAAGGAGGGUUUCUCGGAUCCGCCAAGUGUCAGUUCUAUCAGCAGACUUCUUCGAGGUGGAGGGCGACCAGGGGAUGACGGAAAGAAGGAUUACACCAUCAACGGCAUAUUAGGCGGCGGUCGUUGCGGUGAUGACUCUGACACGGAGAGCGAGCCGGGCAUUCCACUGAAGCGAAAGCAACGAAGAAGCAGAACGACGUUCACCGGUGAACAGCUCGAACAAUUGGAAACUGCCUUCCAGCGAGCUCAAUAUCCAGACGUUUAUGCCAGAGAGGAAUUAGCCCAGAGGACCGGACUGACAGAAGCGAGAAUUCAGGUGUGGUUCAGUAAUCGCAGGGCGCGCCUCCGCAAACACACCGGUAGCAUAGCUCAUUCGGUGGCGGGUCUGCCGCUGACACCGUGCCAAUACGCCAGCCACGAGCUUGCCCAGAUACCGCAGGUACCGCAGAUGCCGAGCGGGAUACCGCAGGUACCCACGACGUUGCAUCACAGCCCGACGACGUUGCACCAGGCGCCCGGCGUGCACCAAGUGCCCGGUACCGCUGUCGCUCAAAUGGCGACCACGAUGGCCCAGGUGCCCACGACGAUGAGCAGCGCUCUUCAAGGACACGCGGUCGCCAUUUCCGGCCAUCUCGGCUCGCUUCCGGCGCACGCGGCCUCCAUGCAACUCGCACAGGUGUCGACGAUGCAGCCACCGGCCGCGCAUGCCGCGCCGACGUCGCUUUCGCACAACAGCGGUAGUACCGAUUGGUCCAGGACGCAGUUUGGCUGGGGACAGUUUAAUCAUUUUCAGAGUGGUGAUUACGGUUCGAGUCACCCUGGUCAUCAACAUGGAUCUCAAAAUACUCAAUCCUCAAGUACCACGAACACUGCAACGUCAGAUUGGUACGAUCAAGGCUACGAUUACGUUCCACACUCUCAACUUAAUUAUCAUCGUAGCGUAGGUGGAAUAUUUUAGCCGAUCAAUUAUUGUACAGAGAUUAAUUGUAAAAGAAAGACGUUAAAGA